AUGGCAGAAGUGGCUCCCGCGCCUGCCGCCGCGCCGGCCAAAGCGCCCAAGAAAAAAGCACCUUCGCGGCCAAAGAAAGCCGGGCCUAGUGUAGGUGAGCUGAUCGUCAAAGCGGUUUCCGCGUCCAAGGAGAGGAAUGGCGUGUCUCUCGCUGCCCUGAAGAAAGCUCUGGCUGCCGGUGGAUACGAUGUGGAGAAGAACAAGUCCCGCGUCAAGUUUGCCGUAAACAAUCUGGUGAAGAAAGCGGUCUUGAUUCAGACCAAAGGCACCGGCGCGUCUGGCUCUUUCAAGCUAAACAAGAAGCAGACCGAAGCCAAGAAAACCGCGCCUAAAGCGAAGAAGCUGGCCGCCAAAAAGUUCGCAGCGGCGAAGAAGCCUAAGAAGGUAGCAGCCAAGAAAACCGCCGCCGCCAAGAAGUCUCCUAAGAAGGCAAAGAAACCUGCUGUUGCCGCCAAGAAAGUCACCAAGAGCUCCAAGAAGGCGAAGAAACCGGCGACCCCUAAAAAGGCAGCGAAGAGCCCCAAGAAGGCGAAGACGGUUAAGCCCAAAGCAUCCAAGGCUGCCAAGCCUAAAGCGCCCAAGCCCCUAAACGGCUCUUUUAAAAGCCACCUAUGUUGUCAUUUAAUGAGCAAUAAUCCACUUUUUUGUCGAACUACAUGA